AUGCCGCGUUUCCGCAGAAUCACAAGGCUUGUGAGAUCGAUUUUUUUUUUCCAGAAAAGGAGCGGGACCUCGUCGGUGCAAUUGAUGGCCUAUCAGCGGGGCCAGUAUCAACUGAAGAUGGAGAGGGCGGUGUGGACGGCGGAACUGGUUGACGUGCGCAGAGACACCGCGUCACCUGUGGAGACGCCGUCGUCAUCGUCUCUUCUCUUCUGAUUUUCGCAGAAGAGAGAUAUCUUCUUCAGUACCGCCAAAAAAGGAUGGUCAGCACGCCGCCGCCGCCUCGGAAGCUCCUCCGAGCCACGAGCCUCGAAUCUCCGCCAGAAAAGACCAUCUUCCGAAUUGGUUCGUUCUGAUUAUACCUUUGCUAUUGGACCGACUCUUCUCUCAAAUAACAAAAAAAUAAUAAUCAUAUUUCCCUUUUCAAUCGAUCUAUGAAGCCUUGAAAUUUUUUUUGACAGCGUAUAUUGAUUAAAAAACUUCCAUGUUCCUUCCAUGAUGCAUGAACUAAAAUUUCCUCAACGGCUUAAUUUGUAAAGUGCUCAUUUCAUUCAAACCUACCACCAAUCAUUUAAACUUAUCUCGGUGAUUCGUUUUUUCAAUGUUUUAUCACCGUUUCUCGCAAAUUUUUUUUAAGUAAGCUAAUUUAGAAGGAAAGCUGUGAAUGUCAAGUUUAGCUUGAGAAAAAAAAAUACAGAAUCAUGCGAGAUAGUAGCAAAUAAUGUCUGGUUUUCAAAAUGAUUUUCAAGUUUGAAUUUUUUUUUUCAAAUUGAAAAAAAUAUCCACCUAGGUUUUAUUUUUUUCAUAUUUUUGAUUUCCAAGUUUCCAACGGAAAGUCUUGAAAAAUUCUUGCACAGUUGUAAGACUCACUUUAUAUAAUUUCGAUUAACGUGGGAGUUUCAAAACUGUUCAAAUCUGUUCAAUUUUCCCUUUUCAGUGCGUUCAGUUGCACAAGAGUCUUGCACGACCUAAGUAUUAUCACUAAAAAAGCCUCUCUUUUAAAAUGUUUAUUAAAUGAGUCCAUGCUUCUCCAAAUACCCAAAAAAAAACUUUGAACAAUCAAUAAAAGAGAACUCGCAUUCACCUUGAAUGCAAUCCAUCGAUCAAAAAUGAAAAAUGACCUUUUCCUUUUCAGAAAAUCAGAACCCUUUCUCUUAUCGUGUUCGGGUGUUUCGAAACCAUAAAAGUUAUGAAGAAUCUUGAUUGGCAACACUUUCAAGAGAUCUCUUGCGAUCCUGUCAUUGUAAUCGUAAACAGCUGAAACCGCGAGUUUGUCACAAACAAAUCAGAAGAAUCCGCGUGAGAAGAUCAUAAAAUCAAUAAGAUGAAGUUGUAUAACUGUAAUAUUCGAAUGAAAUCGGAAGAUUUGGAUUGAAAUAGAAAAAUAAUAAAGUCGAGGUCAGAGCUUGAAAUUGGUUUUCAGGAUCCCUGGAUGAUCGACCUCAGCCCUCGACGGUGCCGCCGUCGUAUGCGCCCAGUGAAGCCGGUUCGUUCAAUCAUUAUUCUCCCAAAUUAUCUCAUUAUUUCCAGGCCUAUGGUUUUUGCUUAGUGUCUUCGUAUGGAAUUUCAAUACUUAUCAGAGGGCCAUUGAAUUUUUUUAAAAAAAUUAAUAAUCUCUUUAUUUUCAAUUUUUCCUCUUUAACUUUCAGCACAAGAGAUUCACUUAUGUCAUAAGUUAUGUGCUUGAAAGUCUUCGAAACUCAGAUUUAGAAAGUUUUUUGUUUUUUUUUCGACAACUUCAGAAAAAUGAGAAUCAGAAAAGUCUAAAAUUUCAUAAAAGCUUCCUGAUCUUUGGAAAUAUCCCAUCGAUUAUCGAGAAACUUUAACAGUGAAUGAGGUUUAGUCUAACGUAUAGAACCACUUUCAAAGAGAAAAAUAGAAUUAUAGCUAUAGUUCGAGCUCAAAACUUCUGUUUUUUUUUUCGAGUUUCUGAAAAUAGGAUAAAAAGAUACUAUUCGCCCAAAUUUUCCAAAUGAUACGGUUCAAAACAUUUUGAAAAAGUUCAAGCUGGGAAAAACUUCAAUAUUUGAUCUCCUCGGGACUCAUUAUUUUGUUAUUCGCUUCAAAAUUUCAAAAACGCUGAGUAUGAUUUCCUUAAAUGUUUUCUCUAAGCACAUCAGUUUGUCAAAAACUUCGUGGAUGAUUGAAUUUCUUAGGAAACGACGUUUUUGUUGGAAUUAUAUAGUCGAUCCGAAUAGCUUGAGCUUAUGUUUUGAAGGCGAAAUGAAUGAGUCUUGGAACGGUCAAAGAAAUAACGGGAGAUAGGUGGAAGCUCGGACAUUGCCGAAAUUAUGAAAAAAACCGUACUUAUCAAAUUUUUUGGAAAAUCCAGAAGAACUCAACCAGACUUCAAGAAAGACAAAUUUCAGGAGAUUUCUCUGUCCCUUCGGUUCUGUUUCCUUCGAUGAGACUUAUGUUGGCGGCGAUGCUCUGCUGCUGCUUCAUAACCCUCUCGAUUUCGUCUUCGAACCUCGCCGUCGCCCUGAUUUGCAUGACUUCCUGUCCUCUUCAUGGCUAUGGAGGCGACCUCGAAUGGGGAGCUCAGCAGGUCUGUAAGAAGAAUCGAAAACUGAAAAAAAUUAAUUUGGUAUUUUUGAGUAUAGAUGAUUAAAUUUAAGAAAAAUGCCAAAUUUGCUGACAAGGCUGUUUUUCUUCAUAUAAAUCGCUCUAAUAAGAAAAAAAAACAGGCUAUUUUCUGUGUCUUAAAAGUUAACAUUAUGCAAGUUCCGUAGGUAAAGCGCUUAAGAGAAGAAAAUUAUUAUCUCUCGUCCUUAAAUAUUGUGUUCAACUUGGAAAAAAUGUCGAAAACCUGGUUAAUUGCUUUUCAGGAAGGCUUUGUACUCGCUGCGCAAAACGCAGGAUCUCUCCUCACACUGGUAACUGGCAUGUGGGCAGAUCGGCUGAACGGUAAAUGGAUGGUAGGUGUGCCACUGGAGAAUCUCUUCUGAAACCGCAGGUUUUCGUGGCGCUGGUCCUGUGCUGCGUCGGAAAUCUGCUGCUGCCGCUCCUGGCGGCGAAGUCGUUCUGGUACGCAGUCGCCGCCAGGGUGGCCGUCGGGGCCAGCGACGCCUGUCUCAUGCCAGCUUGCAAUUCUCUGAUCACUCGGUUGGUUUUUCGAUUUGAUAGAUCUCCAGGCAUUUUUCUUUGCGGCUGGGAAUUCCAAAAACUAUAAUUUUAAUGUUCCAGAUGGUUUCCGCAAUCUGAACGCGCAGCUGCCAUCGGUCUCAUUUCUGGCGGAAGACAAAUAGGUGAAUCAAACCUCCUUUAUCGCUUAACAAGAGGAGAACCUCAUUCCCGAACUGAUUACGCGAAAAGCGCUAAUUCGAUCAUGUGAACCUUUCAAACGACUUUUGCGAUCCAGUCUCGACUUACGCAAUUCAAAUCAUCCAAGUCUUACUCAUACACUAUGGCUUGUCUGCGCUCUCUUUUCUCUCGCCUUCAUAGGAAAAAGAGCAUAGAAACUAGACCAUAGAGCGUCACAGAGACAUGAAAAGCCGCUCAAAUAAAUUUUCCAAGUCCUAUAACUGACUCUGGCUCGUCUGCGAUCUCGCUUCCCUCGUCCUAAAAAAGGGCAUAUAGAAAAUAAAUGAAACUUUGACGAAAGAGUGUCGUGAUGAGAGGAAAAUCCAUUCAAGUAUCAUACUUCUCUCUGACCUGUCUGCGCUCUCUCUUUUCCCUCGCUGUCAUAUGAAAAAAGUAUCCUAGAAAGAUAAGGAGAGCGCAAAGAGGCCAGAUUCUUUCGAGUCGUCACGAAUGGACUAUUCAGUUUUUUUCUAGGAACUCUGUUCAUUUUGCCCACCGCCGGCUACCUGUGCACGAGAAAAGACGUCCUGGACGGAUGGCCCGCGAUUUUCUACCUUUCCGCCACGAUUUCCAUCAUCGUCACCAUUUUUUGGAUCCCUUUCGGCGCCGACAAACCAUCCAAGCAAGUCUGCAUCUCCAGUCGCGAACGCGAGUUCAUCGAGACUAGGUUUCGUAACUUCUUGGGGGAAAAUAAAAGGUUUCUUUAGGAUUGCCUGCGAAUCGAUUGGCAAAAGAACCGACAGGACAAGGCGCGUUCCGUGAGUUGGAACAACUUUUUCUGGAGAGGGAGAUAAUUUGAAGAUACGGAGCAAUGCUGCGCUCGAAGCCGUUAUGGGCGUCCGUUUUCGCUCUGGUUUGCCAUGAAUAUCCUCUCGUCAUCAUGUUGCAGGUUUGAAAUCAGAAAAAUAUGAAGGGGUGUUUCAGAAAUUGCUCUGAAGAACCGACAAAAAAAAAAUGACGAAAGAAAUGAUCUGUAAUCUUCUUGUAAAAAUGAACUACGUGAAUUACAAGCUUGGAUGGUUGGCCGUUCAAAAAUUUGAAAAUUUGAACUUUAGCUGUAUUUUUCAAAAUAUUGUUAGAAUACGGUCUAGGAAAAAAACAAUUAUUCAAAAAUUAAAAAUUAUUGUGAUUUGGAAUCAUUUGAAAACAGAAUUUUUGAGAAAAUUAAAUGAAAUAUUUCUUCACUGCGAAGCCGGAGUCGUUUUUGGAAUGGCUCAAUACGACUUGAACACCAGAAGUUCACUUUGAUUAUUUUUGUAGUCUUGCGGGAAACUCGUAUCAGGUCGGUCGCAACAGCUACGUAUCUAGCCAGAUAAAUCAGUAAAUUAAUUAUUUUUUCAUUUUAAAGAACAACAGGUGUUCUGGCUUUUUCUGACUUUUCUCUUAAGUUAUCACUUAAUUCAGUUCCUUCCUAACUACAUGAGAGACGUGCUGGAGUUUGCUCCAACGAAGAACGGAUUCAUUGCGGCGGUGCCGAUUCUAUGCCUUUUCCUCUCAAAAACCUUCUCCUCCUCUUUCUCGACCUACCUAGUGACCCAGCUUCACUACGACAAGACCUUCAUUUGCAAGGUAAUUCCUCAUUUUUUUUUCCUUUUUGAGAAAGAGGUUCCAGUGCUUCAACGGUGUGGCCUCCGGGGGUCUGGCCAUCUGCGUUUUCAUGGUCCCGCUUUUCAAUAAAGACAGUGCAGUGCUGGCUGUCGUCUGUCUCUGUGGAGCUAUGAUCUUUGCAGGUUUGUAUUUUGGGCACAUUGAGGUAGGAAUCGCGGACAGACUUCUUUUUUUUCAUAGCUGAUUCUCAGGCUUGAGUCAUUAAAAAAAAGUUCUUGAAACUAUAGGAAAAGAGGCAGUGUCUGGCUGGUGGAGGGCGCAGACAGGCCACACCCUCUCAGGGUCCCAGGUUAGCCGUGAUUUGGCUAUACCUGUAUUUAUUCGCAAAAAAGACCGGUAAAUCAAAAUUAACCAAAUUUUCGCUCCGAGACCUUUUUUUACAGUUUUGCGGAACUUUUUAUCUACUUUAGCUUUUUUUGGUUCGCUUUUAAAAAGUGACCUCAUCACGCGAAUCACACUAUAACGUUAGAAGAAUGCUCCCCUCCCCUCCCCCUUACAAUGCACUUCUACAGUACUCCAGGUUACUGUUAUACUAUAGUACUGCUAUAGUGCUGCUACAGUACGACUGAAUUUAGAAUCACUGUAGUAUUACAGUAACCUGGAGUACUGUAGGAGUGGUGUGUCCCGAGGGGAGGAGGAAUUUUAUCAACGUUUUUUUUUCCCCGAGAUUUUCCCUAUUUUAGCGGCUUCUCUCUCAUUUAUCUGUUUUUCACACACUCUCAAAUAAAAAUUAUAGGAAUGCACACCCCUGGAGUGAUCACUUCGAUGGUGCAGCUGGCACCGGCCUUCUCGGGAAUCAUCACCGGCUGGUCUUUCUUUGCCGUCGCCUGGUUCAGUAUCGGCAACAAGAUUCUAACCAAACAGAUUGUGCAACACGGUUUGUGGAUUACUUUUUUAGUAGUAAUCCGAUUUCGAAACAUUGACUAUUUUACAGGCUCCGUUACCGAAUGGGGAAUGGUUUUCCGAGUUUCGGCCCUCGUUGCAGCACUUCCCGUCGUUGUAUUCACUAUCUGGGGAUCUGCUGAACGCCAGGUUUGUGGAAAACGAUAUUUUCUUUGGACCCAACAAAAAAUUUCAAAUCGUUUUUUACAGUUUUGGGCCGCACCGUCGUCAAAGUGUUCAGUCGCUUCCUUCCACAGAUCCAAUACUAGGGAACGAGAUGUGAGUUUUCAGCAUUUUUCGGAGUUCUUCACAAUUUUUAACCUAUUGUCAAUGAAAGGAAUUUUUUUGAGCUGGAGGAAAAAAAGAAAGUUUUUUGAAAGCCAAAAAACGAACUUGGACUUAUUUUCAUCUACAAAAAAAGACCAAAAAAAAUUAUUGCAGCUCCUUCUUCUUGCAAUUUUUUUGUGUUCUAUGUUCGAUUAUUUAAUUUUAGAUUCCUUCAGCCUAUUGAAAAACGCUCGAAAUAUUUUUAAGCGAAGUUGAAGCUUUUUUGCAGCUCUUACUUAGACUUAUCCUUAAAGAUCAAAGAAAAUCUUCUCCUUAAACUUCAAAAAGAAGAUUUUGACAUGAAAAUUUAGAAUUAGGCAUAUUUCCAAAUUUUUCAAAAUUUUUUUCUAUUUCUUCAGCUAACACGAGAAACGUCGGCGGCCACGUUGAAGAACAGCGUUUCGCAGCAUUCGCUCUCCCGCUCGGCCUCUUUGGCGCGAAAUUUGAACGAACGCCAUCCAACGACGUCCGCGAAUUGA